AUGGCGCAAGUCGAGUGUCGCUUUACCUUUCUUGACGUGCUGUUGGAGGAUGAGGAGCGGGGCAGAGACCUUCAUGCCGGCCGUGCUCGCAGUGCUCCUCCGCCUCUCUGCCUGGAAUCCCUGGAAUCGCCAUGGAGCCUGGAAGAAGCUGCCGUGAGGAGCUACGUGCGCUCGCUGCCGACGGUGUUCGCAGGUCCAGAGGUGCCGAGGGCGGUGCCUGUGGUUCCGGCGCCUGCCAGUGCAGGGAGCAUGGGUCAUCCGGAGCUGUGCCAGCGUCCGUGUGUGCACGUCGCAGCUGGGAGGAACUGUGAGGAAGGUGAUGCGUGCGGCUUCUGCCACGUUCCACACAGCCAUGCGCACAAGAUGGACAAGCGGCAACGCCGCAUCAUCCAGGAGAUGCCCAAGGCGGACUUUCUUCACUUGGCGCUCCAGCUGCUAAAAGACAAGGCCGAAACCAUGCAGCAUCGUGGCACGGAGGUUCUCUUCGGCAUCUUGGAAACUGAGAUGCACUCUGAGGGCACAUCGGUACCGGAAAUGACGACUCCAAGCAGGUUGCCGCGUGCACUGAUGCGUUGCAUGCGUGAGGCGAGCUUUUCCACCGUGGUGGGCUGGGCUGCGCGGAAGUGCACAGACGAUGCCAGAAUACAGCUGUAUGGUGCCACGCAGACCUUGCGCAAUCAAGCAACCCUCUGA